AUGGAAAAUUAAUAGCCGUUAAAGAGUUUCCGAAGCUCUUCUUCAAAACGAGAAGAUUAGUUUGCUACUGAUAUAAAGUAGUUGCUUGUAGAAAGGCAUUCUCUCAAGCGUAGAAUAAAGGGCACUGAAUCCUAAAAUCUUUUAUAAGAAUUGCCAAUCAACAAUAUGUUCAAGAGACCUAACUAAUUCCGCAGAGAUGAAAAAGGUUCACAGCCACCUCCUUCUCACUAAAAGCCUAUCACUCCUAUUAAGUCUCAAAGAAGUAAUAACAAUGGGCCAAGCAUUGCUUAUGGUGCUGGCCCUGUUAGUAAUUUCGAUAAGUAAAGUGAAAAUAAGGUAUUAGAGGACUUUUAAAACUUACUUAUAAAUCUGAGUAAUUGCAAAAGCAAUAAUAAUAAAAGUCAAAUGACUCCAUUUCAAGACUAAAACAUUAAUCCUAAUUAAUUCUUCUCUGAGAUUAUUGGAGAAGAUCCUAAUUUCAAGAGAAACUAUGAGAUAAGACUGUAAAAGAUCUAAAACAGGCUAAGACAGAGGCUAGGCAUAUAUCUUGAUCAGAUAGAAAUAAAUAUCAUAGAGGUUUUGCAUAGCAUCAGACCAAACAACUAAUCAAUUCAUUCAUAGAGCUAAUCAAUGAUAAGUGACUAGUCAAUCUUCGAGAAUGGAGAUGAUCUAAGACUUGCUAAGGUCAAGGAAAUCAAGAAUUCAUGCAAGUAAGUCAUUUAAAAUCUUGAAGAAGCCUCAGGAGUUUUAAAGGAAACUUUGAACAUAGACACUAAUACAAUCAACGAUGACAAGAUAGAGCAGUAAAAUAGAGAUAAAAUCAAGAAGCAAUUCUUCAAACUUAGACAAGAUGUACUAACAUCUGAUUCAAUAAAGAGACAAUGUGACCGAAAGGAAAGACAAUUACUCUCUCAAAUUAGCCAAUAAGAGUCUAUUCUUGUGCAAAAAGAUCAUUAAAUAUCUGAUUUGCAGUAGUAGCUUGAUGAUUUGUCAAUGGCUUUGAGAACUCAUUAGGAGUUACUGCAGUAAUAAGAUUUGCAACUGCAAGAUCAAUUCCAGAAUACCUAAUAGAUUCAAAAUGAGUACUCUUAGAGAUAGAUGUAAACAGAGGAGAAGUUAAUAGAAUUACAGAGAAUGAGUGUAAAAUUAGAGCAGGAUAAGAGAGAGUUAGAGGAUACUUUACAAAGAGAAAGAAAUUCACUUCAGCAGCAGCUAGAGAUUAUUAAGGAUUCUAAAAAUAGAGUGGAGUAAAACAAUGCCACUCUUAGUCAGAAGCUAGAUUUAUUGUAAAAGAGUUAAUAGGAUUCACAGUCGAAUCAAAUAAGAGAAUUGACAAGAAAGCUUCAAGAAAAAUUUGAUGAGAUAUAGUUGCUCUCAUCAGACAAGAACAGGUUUGAGCAGUAAUUAGAUUUGCAAAAAAAAGAAAAUAAGAUUAUUAGUGAAGAUGUCUUGAACCUAAAAAGUGAUCUAAAUGAAUCAAAGCAGUAGGUUUCUGAGAAAACAAUGAAAUUGCAAGAAUAAGAACAUCUAAUCAAGCAGCUAGAAUCCUAGCUAUAGCUAAACGACAGAAGACUUUAAGAGUAUUAAACACAAUCGUAACUCUAUCAAAAAGAAAUCGAAAAUCUUAAAGUAACAAUUGAAGAAAAGAAGAGGGAAAUAAUAGAGCAAAAGAGUAAGAUUUAAAGAUAUGAAUAAGAUAUCUCAAACCUCAAGUCGAAUGCUAUAAAGAGUGAUGAGUACAUUCAGUCUCUGAGAGUAGAAAAGGAAUCAAUGCAGGUGUAGUUGGAUUAGAAGGAGUUUAAGGCAUCAAGUCAAAAGGAUCACUUGAUUUAGGAACUUCAAGAUCAUAGAAUACUCAAUAUCAAAUUGGAUGCUGAGUUAAAGCUCAAGUAAGAGCAGUACUCUUUCAAAGCUGAGGAAAUUAGUAAACUCAAUGAGAUUCUCAAGUUAAAAGAAACUGAAUAAGAGUAACUUAACUAACAUCUAAAUCAAAGUAAACAAAUAGUUGAAGACUUAAAGAUAAAAUAGAGUGAGUUAACUUAUCAGAAUUCCUAAUAAAAAUCAGAAAUAUAGCAACACCAGCUUAAGUAACAAAUCCUUGAGUAAGACAUUAAGCUUCUUUAAAAUAACAUUCUGGAGAUGAAAACCCUAGAAUUGGUUAUUAAGCAAAAGGAGCAAUGCAUUGACCAGCUGAAUCAGCAGAUUCAGAAUGAGAACUAGAAAUACCUUAAGCAAUACUAAGAUCAUUAAGACCUACUGGAGAAGUAAUACCAGUAAAUUGACAACUUAGGGCAGAAGAUGCAGUCAUUGAAGCUUGAGCUAGAUGAAAAAGUCAAGUGUAAUAUUGAAUAGGAGGCCUAGAUAAAAACAAUCACUGGCUAAAACUUGCAGCUAAUCUAAAAGGUUGAGAAGUAUCAAAGCAAAAUAAGGUAGAUUUAGCAAUAGAAGACUGAGGAUAUUCAGGCUGUUAAAGAAAAUGUUAACAAAAUCAUCGAAAUAAAGGAGACUGAGAUAUAGACUAUGCUUCAAAGGACUAAGGCGCUAGAUGAUGAGAUUACAUUGGUUCAAGAAAACAUCAUUAAACAGAAAUAAGAUCAUAAAUUAUAAAUUGAAAACUACAAGCAGCUCCUUGAGAAUAAGCAAAAGGAUGUCGAGUCUAGACAAAAUGAGCUUGAGCAGAAGAUAAAUCACAUCAAGCAAUAAGAAGUUGAGAUUAAUGGUCUUAGUUAGUUAAUAAACGAGCAUUAAAGACACCACAAAAUACUUGAAACCAAGAUCUAAUCGCUUAAAACUAAACUACUACAAAGCACUUAGGAAAAUUAAAGAGUCAAGUAAGCUAGUGAAGCUUAGUUGAAUGACAACAUGAAUCUGCAACGACAAAUAGAGCUGAUCAUCUAAGAAAAAGAGCAUGAAAAGUAGUUAAUGAUGUCAGAUCUAGCAAUGCUUAAAGAUAAAGUUAAUGAACUCAACUAGAUAGAGCCAUCAAUAAUGAACUAGCUAAAUGAACAGAAAUAGAGAUAUGAGCUGAAACUUAAUGAAAAACAACAGUUCUUCAAAAAUGAGAUUGACAAGCUAAAGAAUUAUUAUGAAGCCUAAUGCACUGAGAAAAUAAAGCAGAAAUACAAAGAGUUAAACUAGCUAUUUGUAGACUUAUAGAAAGAAAGAGAAGCAAUAAGAAAGUAUAAAGUCCCCUUAGAAUAAAAUUCACUAGCCAAGUACAGUCUCACAGUUGAAACAGAUAGAUCUUCUCCCUCACUAGAUAUGUACCUUUCAGAUAAUGAGAUCAAAUAGCAUCUUUCGUAGGCUAUCAGCAUAUUCCAGAAAUUCUUGCAACUAAGACAUUUUAACUAGACUUAGCUUUACGAAGAUCUUAAGUCAAAGUUCCUUUCCGAAUCUGGUAAUAACACUAUUUAAUUUGACUUUGAAGCAAUAAUGAACUAAACUUCUUAAGAUCUUGAGAAAAUACAAGCAUAACUAAGCAAUUAUCAAUCACUAUAAGUAAAAGAUAUCAUAACUAAGGUGCUUGCUCAUUUUAUCACUGAUUCAAACAGUCAUAGAAUCUAGCAAGAAGCAAAAUCUCUUAUUAAAGAUAUCAAAUAGCUUUUUAAGGUAAAUUCAGACAAGACUCUAGCUAAUUUAGAUGGAGAAGUUAAUUACAAUCGCAUUUUAGAUGUGCUAAGAAAAGAGAUUGAUGAAAAUGAGUAUUCAUAUAUCAUCAAGUCUUACUUGUAAAUAUCUAAAGACAAUGAUAGCUUAAAUGACAAGAUUAUGAUUUUGGAAUCAAAGUUCUAGGAAUUUACAAAGUAUAUGCAGCAGGAUAAAGAUAAUCAUGAGAGGGUAUUCACGGAGUAAUUAUAAGUGCUGAGAAAGGAAAGGGAUGAAGGUAAGUCUAAGAUUAGAGAACUUGAAAUUGCUAUGAGCAUGAAGCAGCCAUCAACUAAAAGUGUCUAUCAAUCACAGAUAUUUGAAAACGUUAAUUAACUUUCUCCUUAUAACACAAAUAAACCGAAUAUCAGUCAAAUGAACAACUGCUUGAGUUAAUCAAGCCUCGCUUAUCAAAGUAAUAAGUCAACAGACUUCUUAUCCUCAAAAGAGUCGAAAGAUAUUGAAAUAAAUCAAAUUCACAAGUAUUAUAAGGAUAGAGAAAAAGAGUAUCUGAAGAUGAUAGACCAAAAUCAAAAAGAGGUGCAAAGACUAAGAAAUCUUUUAGUCAAUUGA